CAAAAGGGAGAGCCAUGUUGAGAAAAAAGUUAAGCUUAAAAUGUUCAAGUCUCAGAAUACUUAACUCAGGCAUAUGUACUAUCGUUUGAAAGCUUAGAAUCUGAAUUUUUCAUAGAUAACCAUUACUUAUGCAUUUGCAACGCAAAUCAGCGCCACCUAGAUGUCAUGUGGUAGAAAUAUUAAUAUUUUUAUUUUUAUUUAUUUUUAUUAGUUUAUUUUGUUCAAGUUUGAAAAUUUUUCAAAAGAAUUACAAAUACGAUUUCUGUAAGACAUCAAAUACAAACGUCUCUUUAAUGUGCGAAUGACUGCUGCUGUAAGACCCAAAUAGCUAAAAACUUUAUAUCGAUGUUUACCUUAGACAGUUUUCUAAAGAAUGAGCCAUUUUUUAGCUUCUUGUGUGAAUAAUUCAAUGUUAUGUUAGAUGUCUAGAACAAAAUAUGGUCUGUAAAAUAUGGAAGAGUGGCAAGGCAAAAACCACUGCUAACUAGGGAUGUGCGUUUAAAUGGAAGUUUUGUAAUGGACAAGUUGACUAGUCUAAAAGUAAGAAACCCCCAGAAGACAGUCAAAAAACUUUGUGUGUAUAUAUAUGAUCCACUUGAAAUACUGUAUAUAUGAAUCAAACAGUCAAAUCCCAUAAUUAAUGCCGCUAAAAAUAGGCCAUAAAUAUGCAGUGUGUUUGCCUUGAUUUAUGAUCAUUUAACAUUUAGGCUGUCGUAAAAAAAAAAAACAAGAAUACACUCAGCAUUAGCCAAUAUAGGCAUAUUUAUUAAAAUCAACUGGAUCAGUGCAGGACCAAUAAGUACAAAUAUUUAAUAGCCUAUUAUUAACAGAAUUCUUCAAAUAACGUACUAGCCUACAUAUUAUGUCAACGUAUGUAAAAACAAAAACAAAAAAAACAAUUAACAGGUGACCGCUAUUCUGUUAAGAAAGUUAACAAUCAGGGAAUAGCAUAAAAUUGGCCUUUGAAAAACGUAAUUCAUAUAGGCUAAAUUGUCCAAAAUAAGACAGCCAUUCUCAGAAUAAAAAUGUAUAUGCAUUGUAUAUUAAACAAUUUAAUAGUGAAUAUAUUAGCACUUCGUUGAAACUAUGUGAAGAACUAACUGUAAAAAAUCAUGUGGAACUGAUAUUCAUUUCCACAUGGGAUUUUUAAAGUCAUUAAAUUAAUUAUUUUGUAGAAAAUGUAAUAAAUGUUUUUCAAAAAUGUGUGAAACCAAAUUGGACUCAAAGAUUAAAUUUGUAUGAACUAGACACAUGUUCAACUAGACUCUGUUGUUAACGAUGUCCAACAAUCUGUUGUUAUUGCUACAUACUCUAUCUACUCCAUGGUCUCUUUCAUAUACGUGAGCAUGUUCUGAUGCGCCAGCUCCAACCUUGACGUGAUCAUUUUCCGCCCUGGUAUUGUGUAUUCAGGCUCGAUGAUGUCCAUCAAUUUUCGGAAGCCUUUUCCCUCAACAAAACUGAGUGGUAGCAUGUCUCUGGCUGUCAUCUCUGAGAUAAGCUCAGUUAUUUUUUCAGAGCGGACAGGAUCUCAGUGGCGAGUUGAAGUGAAUGACGUGAUGGGCAUUUGCUUGCUUCGGCUAGUCUCUCCUAUGCUAACACCUACGUGUCUGUGCUGAAUAUGGUUACGCAUGGCUCCAUUGGAAUUAUUAUAUGCCAGUUUGACAUGACAUAGCUUACAUAAAACGUUUCAGUUUUCUUCUAAGUCAGAAUACUCCCACAUCUUGCUCGUCUUUCAAGUGGUAAUUUCUGAGCCCGCCGCGAUCUGACACGAAGAAAACGCAUUCGAGAUCUGAGGUAAAACAAAAAGAUUUAGUUUCCGCUCCAGAUACACUUAAAAAUAAUGUAUUAUUUUUUUCAAACGUUUUAUUUUAAUGUGUUAUUUAAAAAAAAAUUUUAAACGUAACAUUAAAAUGACAGUAAUUUGAACGAUUCUUGUGUAUUUUUUUCGUGUAAUCGACUAUUGUUUUCAGUGUCCACUAGUAGCAGCUGUACCAUGUAGUCGUAUAGUCUUGCACAUCCCUACUGCUAACCCAGAAGAACAUUAAGACUCGUCUGAAUUUUGCCAAAACACACCUUGAUGAUCCACAAACCUUUUGGGAGAAUGUUUUGUGGACUGAUGAGUUGAAAGUGGAUCUGUUUGGAAGACGGGGGUCCCGUUACAUCUGGCAUAAAUCAAAUACAGAAUUCCACAAAAGAACAUCAUAUCUACGGUCAAGCAUGGUGGUAGAAGUGUGAUGGUGUGGGCAUGCUUUGCUGCUUCAGGGCCAGGGCGACAUGCAGUAAUUGAAGGAAACAUGAAUUCUGCUCUUUACCAGAAAAUCCUAAAGGAGAACGUCCAGUCAUCAGUCCGUGAGUUGAAGCUCAAGCGAAACUGGAUUAUGCAGCAAGACAAUGAUCCAACGUAUAGGAGGUCCUUUGAGUUUCCUGAUAUAACAGAAGCAGUAUAACCGUCAACAUGUCCUCAGAGGCAUCCUCUCCUGUGAAGUCCCCUACCCCUCCUCUGUCCCCACUGUCUCCUGUCUCUCCGGUGUCACCCAGCUCUCUGCGCCUGCCUACCUGUCGCCACAGAGACCGAUCACCCUCCCCAAUGAUAGGGAGCUACCUGAUUCCCAGCCCCCUGCCCACCCGCCGCAACCGUACCUGCUCCGCUGCAGCACGUGCAGCAGAAGGGCCGGUUUUCACUGGGGUCUGCAAGUGCUUUUCACGGUCCAAAGGCCAUGGCUUUAUUACACCAUCGGAUGGAGGCAAUGACAUCUUUGUGCACAUAUCUGACAUUGAAGGUGAAUAUGUGCCUAUGGAAGGAGAUGAAGUCAGCUAUAAAAUCUGCUCUAUUCCACCCAAACAUGAAAAGAUUCAGGCUGUGGAAGUGACCAUCACUCAUUUAGCACCAGGCACAAAGCAUGAGACCUGGUCAGGAGCAGUGGUUGAAUCCUGAGGACCCGUGAUAACAAUAGCUUUCUCACUCUGAACUGUCUGGCUGUGUGUGAUGGUGAUUUUGAAAUGGGUUUCUGUUUCUUUUCUGGAGAUUUGGGGAAGAGAACAGGGCUGAAUGAAUGCAUUUAAGGGCAGUGUUUGAGGUGGGAGCACAAGUCCUAAGAAGAAAAAUAUCAAAGUCUUGCUUCUGUUAUUUUUCUUCCGUUUUGGGGGGCCUGGGGGAGGAGUUUUGUUUUGAAAUAUUCUCUUAUUGUCUUUGUGUAAUUAUGUGGCAUGAACAGCAUGCUCACACUAACCAUCUGUGAAUUCAGUAUCUUUGAAUGAUAGUUGUCUUGUGAAUAUGGGAUACGCUUAAAGGGUUAGUUUAUCCAGAAAUACAAAUUCAGGCACCAUUUACUCACCCUGUUGUUUCCAACCUUCAUGACUUUCUGUCUUCUGUGGAACACAAAAGAUGUUAGGGAUGUUACCUUCCCUAACAUUGUCUAAAAUCUUUUUUGUUUUAAAAAAUGAAGUCAUAUGAGUUUGAAACAACAUGAGGGUGAGUAAAUGACAGAACAUUCAUUUUUGGGUGAACUAUCCCUUUCAGAAAACUGACCGCACACUCUUAAAAGAAAUCCUUAACCAAUAAUCUAAAUAGCUGGAAUACAUACUUUUCCAUAUUUUACUUUUCCUUAUACUUUACAAUAAGGUUCCAUUUGUUAACAUUAGUUAACAUGAACUAACAAUGAACAAUACUUUUACAGCAUUUAUUAAUCUUAAUGUUAAUUAAAACAUAUACUAAUACAGUUUUAAAUUCAAAAGUUGUAUUAGUUAACAGUAGUUAAUGCACUAUGAACUAACACUGAAUUGUAUUUGUAUUAACUAACAUUAACUAAGCUUAAUAAAUGUUGUAAAAAUAUAUAGUUAAUUGUUUGUUCAUGAUACCCAAUGCAUUAACUAAUGUUAACAAAUGGAACCUUAUUGUAAAGUGUUACCCAUAUUUUUUAUUCGCUGAAAAAAAGUUAUCGGUGUAUUGUCAGCAUAUUGUGAAAAUAUAUCAUUUUGAUCAUUAUGCAUGACUUGAUUUCAUUUUUCAUUCCUUCAAAAACAGGCAAGAAAAAGAUUAAUCAAAAUGUAAGAUUCAUUUAUUUGAAGAUAUUUAUUUUAUAACUUUCAACAAUAAUAUUAAGGUUUAUGUAGAACUAAUUACAUCAAUAAUUGUUCUAAUUUUACUACACAUAAACAGUGUAAACAAACAUUAGCCAUUUUUAUUAUUGUUAGUUAUCAAUAAUACACAUAUCUCUAUUAAAUACUGACAGCUUUCAUAUAUCGGGUCUCUAAGGAGCCUGUGCAUUUAAAAUGCAUCCAAAACAUUUACCACAUUUCUACACUACACCGACAUGGAACGCAAUAUCACAAAAGAAUAAUGCUCAGUAUAUGAGAAGGUGGGAUUUCACACACAUUUAUAACUGUUGAGAAAAUGAAAUAAAGUUCCUUAUUUAAACUGACAUUAAAGGGAAAGUGCACCCAAAAAUGAAAAUUCAAUCAUAAUUUACUCAAUGUUAGACAGAAUGGUCGGUCUCAGUCACCAUUCAUUGUCAUUGAAAGUAAAGUAAAUGGUGACUGAGGCUGUCGUACUGCCCAGAUUAUACUUUUGUGUUCCAAAAAAAAAAAAGGGUCAUACUGGUUCAGAACAACAUGAGUGAGUAAAUGAAUUGGGGAUUUUCAUUUUUGGGUGAACUAUCCCUUUAAUAUCAGUUUCAAUAACGAACUUUAAACUGAGGCCCCAAAAGAUGGUGCCAUAAACAAAGCUAUAUUAUCUAUACAAAGCCUUGCAUAAUCUAACAACAGUAAGCACGCACUGGGGUUUAUUUUGAAACAAAAGGACAGUUUAAACUCAGGAUACCACAAACAAGCUGAAGGAAUAUCUAUUUAUUUGCCCUUUCAACUUGAAGAAACAAAAAGAGGAGAAUCACCCCAAAGAUAAUAAAACAUUUACAGGUUUACUGCAUCGAACUGUUCAUGUGAUAAUCAUUAGGCGGCAAUGAACAAUAUCUUGUGCGUGAUGGUUCCAGCGGAACUAUAUCAUUCUGCUUCGUACAUGUGGUCCGUAAUGAGAAAAAUUACAAUAAACAUGAUGGAUUCUGAGGGGAUCAUGUUCACCUGAGCAGUGGAUGGACACUAAACCAAGCCGCCCCAAGCUUGUCUGAUAGUUAUGUGUGCUUUUAAAAAAGAAAAGAAUGA